AUGGCGGUUUUGAUCAUCAAACAAAAAGGUAUGAAACCACCCAUUGUCGUUGUUGGCAAUAAAAUCGACAUUAAUGAUUGCGAACGUCGUCAGGUGGAGUAUGAAGUCACCGAGAUGGUAGUGUGUGAAGACUGGCGCUGUGGUUACAUUGAAUGUUCAGCCAAGGAGAAUACGGGUAUAGUGGAAAUAUUUAAAGAGCUAUUGGUACAGGCUAAUAUACGUUACAAUUUAAGUCCGGCUGUAAGAAGACGACGUCAAUCGUUACCCUCCUUCACCUCGGCCAAGGGCAGCAAAAGUCCUUCACAUCGUGGUGUUCUUAAGAGGCAUUCAUGUACUAUGACUUAAAUUUAAUGAAAUGAAGCACAAGCAAAAGAGGAAUGUUUUUUGGACAGAAUAUGAUAAUUAUAAAUUUGUAGUAUUAGAAGUAAAUACAUACAUAUGUAUGUGUGCACAUAUGUGUAUGUAUGUAGGUAUAGUUAAGGAUUUGCAUUUUAGGUUAUCAUGUAUGUAGAAUGAAAUGCGUGAAAGAGUUCGACUGUGAAUGAGUGUGCAUGACAUUAAGUUUAUUAGAAAAACAAACUCUAAACAAUUAAUAAGACAAAUAAUUAUUAAAAAAUUUUUAAGAUGAAUUAUAUUGAAAAUAACCAUUUUUAAAUAGUUGUUAUAUGUUAUAUAAAUAUAGAUAUAAAUUUAUAGUUAAUUUACAAUAUGUAUUUAGUAAAUGAGUUUUUUCAUUGCAAAUAUUAAACAUAUUUAAAAAAAGACUUAAAGCUAAAUUUUAUUUUUAAAAAUUACGCACAAAUUAUUUUUUUUUUGUUUGUAUUUAGCCAAUUUAGUAUUGGUAUCGUAUAGUUGUAAAGUUAUAUGUUAAAUAAUUAAAGCUAUUGUAUUGUGUUGCAUAUGAUAAACUAUUGGCAAUGCAAAAAUUAGAACAAAAUAGAAGGAACAAGAGAAAUGGGUGUGGCACCUCCCUUAAAGUGAAAAAUAAUAAUUUUGUAUAAAUGGAAAACUUAAAAAAGUAAAAUCUUGAAUUGUGUAACAUUUCUAUCCAUUGAACUACAUACUAAGCACAAAAAUGGGCAGAUCAAUAGUAGUGGGUGUGGCCUUCCAAAUUAUUAAAAUUAUCAAAAUUUUAAGAUUAGCAAAGCACAUUGAUCCUAGCCAGUAAAAACAUAAAUAUAUAUUUCUUAUAUGUUAUCAUUUAAUUGUCAGAAAAAUAUGCCACGCCCAUUUAACAGAUUUUGACCAUUAUAAUACAAAUAAAUAUAUUCUUAUACCAAAUAUUUUUGAAAAUGAAUACAAUAUAUUAUUUAA